ACUGCUAAGCGACAGACGCUACUGCUUUUUUGUUCAAGAGAACUAUGUGAAUAGAUAUGUACAGUGCGCUUCUACUACUAUUUGUUGUGACGUGUUCAGCGCAAUUUCUUCCCAACGGCUGCCCAGCUGACUUCAGCGUACAUCUCCUGCUACCUCACGAGAUCCACUGCGAUAAGUUCUACCAGUGCAGCAAUGGACGUAAAAUACUCAUGCAGUGCGGACCUGGUACAUUAUUUGAUGACAAACUACAGGUGUGCAAUUGGCCUUCACAAGUAAACUGCAAUAGAGUUACUGAAACAACAGAAGCAACGGUUACCACACCCUCUACUUCUGGAACAUCAAAAGGUGAAACGACUUCUGGAGGAACAACAGGAGGACCAGUUUUUACUACUGAAAGUUAUACCCAUGAAUCUCCGCCAACUCCUACUCAAGAAUUAGAUACCACCACACUGUUGGAUACUACCGGAACAACGGCGAGCUCAGAUAGCAAUACAUUCCCAACGAUUACAUCUACAGAUCGAUAUCCUACUGUGAUUUCAACAACAACAACUGAGAGAUACACUACAGUAUCAUCUGAAAGCCCCACUCAACAGUAUGAAACCACUCUUCAAACAGAUGCUACAAAAACAACAGACAAUUCAGAUAGUUAUACAUUCCCGACAACAACGUCUACAGACCGAUAUCCGACUGUCGUUUCUACAACAACAGAACAUGAGACCACAGCAACUUCUGGGGAUCCAACGGAAGCGUACGAAACGACUACACAGUCAGAUGUUACUGAAACUACAACUAGUUCAGAUAGUACAACAACUACGUCUACAGAACGAUAUCCUACUGUGAUUUCAACAACAACAACUGAGAGAUACACUACAGUAUCAUCUGAAAGCCCCACUCAACAGUAUGAAACCACUCUUCAAACAGAUGCUACAAAAACAACAGACAAUUCAGAUAGUUAUACAUUCCCGACAACAACGUCUACAGACCGAUAUCCUACUGUGAUUUCAACAACAACAACUGAGAGAUACACUACAGUAUCAUCUGAAAGCCCCACUCAACAGUAUGAAACCACUCUUCAAACAGAUGCUACAAAAACAACAGACAAUUCAGAUAGUAAUACAUUCCCGACAACAACGUCUACAGACCGAUAUCCGACUGUCGUUUCUACAACAACAGAACAUGAGACCACAGCAACUUCUGGGGAUCCAACGGAAGCGUACGAAACGACUAUACAGUCAGAUGUUACUGAAACUACAACUAGUUCAGAUAGUAAUACAUUCCCUCCAACAACAACUUCUACAGACCAAUAUCCUACUGUGAUUUCAACAACAACAACUGAGAGAUACACUACAGUAUCAUCUGAAAGCCCCACUCAACAGUAUGAAACCACUCUUCAAACAGAUGCUACAAAAACAACAGACAAUUCAGAUAGUAAUACAUUCCCGACAACAACGUCUACAGACCGAUAUCCGACUGUCGUUUCUACAACAACAGAACGUGAGACCACAGCAACUUCUGGGGAUCCAACGGAAGCGUACGAAACGACUAUACAGUCAGAUGUUACUGAAACUACAACUAGUUCAGAUAGUAAUACAUUCCCUCCAACAACUACGUCUACAGAACGAUAUCCUACUUUUAGUUCAACAACAACAACGCAAGUUUAUACAACAGUAACUUCUGAAACUCCGACUCAAGUAUACGAUACGACCACACCAUCAGAUGACUACGGAACUGCAACAACAACGGAAGGAUACUCCACAGUUUCUUCUGAAACCACUCAAGAGUAUGAAACUACUCCACAACCAGAUACCACCAAAACCACAGAGGGUUCGGAUAAUAAUACAACUCCGUCAACAAUAUUGACUGAAAGUUAUCCGACUCCUGGUUCAACAACAACAACCGAAAAUCACACAACGAUAUCUUCUGAAACCACAACUCCAGAAUAUGAAACAACCACGCGGUAUGAAACUGAAACUACUGAACGAUAUCCAACCGUUGAUUUAACAACAACAGUAGGCUACACCACGGUGUCUUCUGACAAGCCAACAGAAGGUUAUGAAACUACCACAUGGUCUGAUGCCACUAAAACCACAGAUGUUACGGAAAGUAAUACGUCCUCUACAUCAAUAACAUCUACAGACCCGACAAGCGAUUCAUCGACGACUGCUGAAGGUUUCACCACAAUAUCUUCUGAAACCUCAUCGGUAGAGUACGAAACGACUACACAGGCAGAUGACAUCGAUACUGCAGCGACUUCUGAUAAAAACACGUUUCCAACUGUAACAAUAACAACUGAAAAAUUCUUCACUGAGGAAUCAACAAAAACAACGGAAGGUUACACAGUUACAUCUUCUGGAACUCCGACAGAAGAAUAUAAAACGAAUCCACAAACUGGAACAACAGAAAAAUCAGUUAAUACUGAUAGUACAACCAUCGAGCUUACCACUGGACCUUCUUUAUUAAGUACAACCGAAUCAAAUACCAAUCCAGAUCAAGGUGCUAUAACUUCAAAUGCUCCUGAUGAUGAUCAAACAACAGUAAACCAGGAUAUAACUGAGGCUCCUAUGUUUAGCACAACAGAACAAGUACCGACCACUAUAAGCUAUCCAACAGUACCUUCGGAGUCAAACACAACAACUAUUGUUACAACAAAUAGUGACGGAACGAAAUCAACUGAAGAUGAUACUACGAUGCCUUCAGAAAUAACUUCAGAAUAUUUUACAACUACAACUGAAAGCACAACAGUAUCUUCCGAUAUGACUACAGAUAAAGUGGAGGUAACUACAGGUAACCCAUCUGUGAAUAUUUGUCCUCCAGGGACUUUCGAAAAUAUUCCACACCCGGAACUUUGUAAUUCAUUCUACAUGUGUGCUGGUGGAAUUCCUAUACAAUUAUUCUGUAGUGACGGAUUUGAAUUUGAUCCUGUUACAAAGCAAUGUGUAAUUAUAUCGGACAAUGGCUGUACUGCAAUGCAGGGCAGAUCCACAACAACAGAAGAUGUUUCGACAACCAUUGCAACUGAUAGAACACCCAAUGACUUGGAAACAACCGUUGAUAUUGAUACAACUACAAAAUCUGAUGACUCGAAUGAAUAUCAACCGUCAACUAUAACUGACAACGUAAACGAACAAUCAACAACAACUAUAAAAGAAAUCAACACAGAGACAACUCAGACAUUAGAACAAUCAACAACUGAUAUUGUAACAUCAGAUUACACGGUCCCAAAUGAUAAAAUCACAUCAACGUUUAAUCCUACUCAAACAGAGAAAACAAGUACGACAGAUAUCCAAGAUCCCGAAACAACCACAGAAAUGUUUUCAACAACAACAAGACCAAGUGAUACAACAUUAGAACAUAAAACAACAAUUGAGACAACAACAGAUGAUUUAACAACUGUAUCAUAUGAUAUUACAACAGAAGCUAUAGAUGUAACCACGGAUGAUGAUAAUAAAUCUACAAUGCUACCAGGAGUGUGCCCUGAAGGUUUCUUUGGGAAUAUACCGCAUCCAGAACUGUGCAAUUCAUUCUUCAUGUGUACCGGUGGAAUUGCCAUACAAUUAUUUUGCAGUAAUGGCUUUGAAUUUGAUGAAAAACUUGCAUUUUGUGUUCCAAUAUCUGAAUACGGAUGUACUGCUUCAAAGGGUCAACAGACAACUGAGACUUUUACUGAAGAUUAUACGAAUACGUUGGCUACUGAUGAAAAUACCCUUUCAACUAAUUUAGAUAUUUUAACUACUCCCUCGGAUUCCGACAAAGAAGUUUCUACUAGUAAUGUGCCUAAUGAAUCAACAAGUACAGUUAACGCAGAAAGUACAACAGGGACUCUACAAACGUCCACAUAUGUAGAUACUACAAAAUUAACAGAACCUCCAACAACUUCUUCAACUUCGGAGGACAUAUUUGAAACAACUAAAGUACCAGUCACAUAUAAAACAACCGAAGAUUCCACACAAUUUACAGAAUCAGAUACUUCAAAAAUAGAGUCGACAAUACAAGAUACCACAUCUUAUAAGACCACAGAAGUUUUUGAAGAAACAACGCCCACACAGAAUACGGAUUAUUCUAAACCAUCGACAGAAAUAUUCAAUGACCCAUCAACAACAGGAAUUCCUGACGAAUUCAGCACAACUCCAGAUUCAUUAGAUGUAACUACGAUAUCAACAAGUAUAAAAACAGAUGGGACUUCAACAAUUUUGUCUACAGACACCACAAGUGGCUAUGAAAUAACUACUGAAAAGACAUCGUUGUGUCCCGAUGGGUAUUUUGGUAAUAUACCACAUCCAAUAUAUUGCGAUUCCUUCUUUUUGUGUACUGGAGGUAUUGCUGUACAACUCUUCUGUCGAGACGGGUUUGAGUACAACGAAGAUGUAGCUAACUGCGUCCCGAUUUCUGACAAUGGAUGCACAGCUUUAAGAGGUACAACUACAAGUUUAUAUACGAAAUCUACUGAGUAUACUGUAUUACCAGAAGAAACAAAAGUAACAGAAAAUGAACAUUCUACUGAGACAGUGUAUGAGACGACGAGUGAAAUGAUUGAAACUACUGCAUCAGACGAACAAGGAACAAAAUCUACAAGCAUCGUUACUGAUUCGGGACAAACUGAUUCAACCACAAAAGAUUUAGGAACAACUACAGGUGAAGGAGAAGUUAAAGAGACCACAGAUGAUCUAAAAACUACAUCAAAUGAAAUAACCUCAACAGUAGCAUCGAUUACUGAAAGUACACUAUUUACCGACGAACCGCAAACUACUUCUGAUAAAUAUACAACGACGGAAAAGGAAAUUACGACGAUGCAAGAUACACAAACAACUCUAAACCUUGGACAAUCUACUACAGGCGAUUCAGAAGUAUCUAGUACUGAAUCUGUAACAGCCGAGACAAACACACUGUCCACUUCAGAUUGGAUUGUAACAGAUUCGACGAAGUCUACAGUUGAAGAAGCGGAAACAUCUGCCCAAACAACAAAUAAUGAGUCGAUAGAAACAACUACGGAAAUAUAUAGCCCAGAUUUAACAUCUACAACACAAAUAUCAUCCAAUAUUUGUCCACCGGGUGUAUUCGGAAAUGUUCCUCACCCUACUCUAUGUGAUUCAUUUUACUUAUGCACAGGCGGUUUCCCCAUACAGCUAUUCUGUAGCAGUGGAUUCGAAUUCAGCCCUGAAAUAGGUUCUUGCGUGCCUAUUUCUGAUAACGGAUGUACAGCAUUAAGAGGAACAACGACAACUAAAAUUAAUACAGAAUUUGAAUCUACUACAAGCGGUGAAAAAUCAACUUCUGUUAUUGGAGAAACCAGCCCAGAUGAUACUCAGACAUUGUCUACAGUUACAUCGAGUUCAACUCAAGAGAACGAUGUAACACAAACAUCUCAGUAUACUGAGACAACUUCAGAAAAAGAUGAAACUAAAUACACAACAUCGAAGAUAACCGACAUUACUACAGAUGGUAAUAAUGACAGUACGUAUCCCGUUACAAAGGACCCGCAACUUACUGAGAAAACAACAGAAAAUCAUAUAACAACUGAAAAUGAUUUAACAACGUUACAUAAUUCUGAGAGUGACUCGACUUAUUUAGUCACCAAACCACCUGCUACAUUAUCAACUACUGACAGGAUAACAACAGAGGAUAACUUAGAAGGAGACACAACAGUCAGCCCUGAAUCGACAAUAUCGGAGACUGUUACAACUAGUUCAUCAAUAUCAUCUUCUAUGUCGUCUUCUACUUCUAAUUCGAUACCUGAGAAUUCACAGUCAAGUACAGUUAAUUUACAAACGACAACAAAUAACGAUGUAACUUCUAAUGAGGAAACGACAUUCCAAACAAAGACAAGUGAAGAUGAAUCAACAAAACCAACGACUACAGCCGAUAGAGAAACCUCAACUGAGACUACAAAACACGUGGAAGUACCAACAGAAAAGACUACAGUUGAAGAAGUAGAGUCUACGACGAACUUCUCACCGACUACAGAUGAAAGUGUAAUGUCUAGUGAAACAGGAGUGUAUACUACUCCCACAAGUGGCAGCAGCUCCACGACUACAGUGAAGAGCACUGAAACCACAACCCAGGCAGCAAUUUGUCCGCCAGGAGUGUUCGGGAACGUUCCUCAUCCUACUUUAUGUGAUUCAUUUUACUUCUGCACCGGAGGAGUUCCAAUACAACUAUUUUGUAGUAAUGGAUUCGAAUUCGAUCCUGAUGUUGGACACUGCGUUCCAGUUUCUGAUAGUGGGUGUACAGCAUUAAGAGGUACCACAACUAGUUUUAAUGACUACACAACAACUGUCCAGUUCACUACUGAAACUAGUUCUAAUUAUCCUGAGGGAAUUGCAAUCACAACGUCAACUACUGAAGUAAUUGAUUCAGAAACAACUACUGAACAAAGUAAUACUUCAGAUACAAUAGUGAACACAGAUUCGACAAUAUCUGGAAUCGUUACCGAACCAUCUUUAUCAACUUCGCCUACGCCUUCGUCUUCAACUUCUGAAGACAUUUCGACAAGUGACAGCUUACAAUCAAGUACAGUCAUUUUACAAACGACAACAAAUAACGAUGUAACUAAUAAUGAAGAAACAACUUUACAAACAAAGACAACAAGUGGAGCAGAUGAGUCAACAACAAAUCAGAGCACAGAUGAUUAUGAAAUAAAGACAGAGACUACAAAAGUCAUAGAUAUAUCUACAGAAAUGUAUACGACAGAUGGUAUCACCUCUACAACAACAGCAAUAAGCACGGAAACAACAUCAGAGACUCCAAUAUGUCCGCCAGGAGUGUUUGGAAAUAUUCCUCAUCCAACUCUGUGUGAUUCAUUUUACUUGUGUACAGGCGGAAUUCCAAUACAACUAUUUUGUAGCUAUGGAUUUGAAUUCGAUGCUGCCGUUGGUCAUUGCGUCCCAGUUACUGAUAGUGGUUGCACGGCAAUGAGAGGUACAACAACUACUAUAGACGAGGCAUCGACCACAAAUGAAGAAUAUACCAAGUUCACUACUGAAACUAGUUCUAGUAACUCUCCGGUAAUGUCAAGUACAACAUCAUAUUCUGAAAUAACAACCGAAGCAGAUGACUUAGGACAAACUACUCAGCAAAAUGUUGUCACUUCUGAUGAUGAAACAACAGUGAAUUCUAUUUCAACGAUAUCUAAGGAAACUACUGUUAAACCACCCACAACUGAGGUGUUAUCAACAACGCAACAACCAACGACCUCUAGUGAAGAAUUUAAACCAACAACCGAUAAUUCACAAAAUACAGAAUACAAUAGAACAUCAACAGAUAAUACACAACCUAUAGAGACAUCUACAGAGUUGUCUUCGACUUCUAAUGAUGGAUUCAGCUCAGAAGGGCUAACUUUUACAACCGAACAAGUUCAAACUACUAUAAGGGAUACUGAAACUACAACAUCAGCUCCAAUAUGUCCACCUGGAGUGUUUGGAAAUUUUCCUCAUCCAACUCUGUGCGAUUCAUUUUAUUUCUGCACCGGAGGAGUUCCAAUACAACUAUUUUGUAGUAAUGGAUUUGAAUUCGAUCCUAUCCUUACUCAAUGCGUAGCACUUUCUCAAAAUGGUUGCACAGCAAUGAAAGGUAAUUUUUAA